UACGGGUAUUUCAGUUAGUAUCUCAUGGCUUAGCUUUCUGCAACGUUCAUUCCACAAGACAGUUAAAUUCAAGUGAAAUGAAAACGUUACUUUUGCUGCUUCUUUCUACUCACGUUUCAGCUCUAGUGAAACACUCGCUGAAAUAUUACAGCUUUGGAUCAUCUGGGCUUCCAAACCUCUCAGAGUUUGUGUUUUCUACAUGGGUGGAUGACAUCCAGGCUGUUUAUUGUGACAGAGACUUAAAGAUAGUAAAACCACAACAGGACUGGAUGAGAAAAGUCUUUGAAAAUGACACUCGACAGAUGGAUUGGUACAAUGAGCAGUGUACUGAGCGAAAGCCCUUCUUCAAAGCCACGAUGUAUACUUUGAAGCAGCUCUUCAACCAAAGUGAAGGUGUUCACAUUUUACAGCUGAUUGAAGGCUGUGAAUGGGAUGAAACAUCUGGAAACGUUACUGCUUCUAUGAGGUUUGGUUACGAUGGAGAAGACUUCAUUGAACUGGAUUAUAAGAUGUUGACCUGGACCGCUCUGAAACCAGAGGCUGACUUCACCAAACAGAGAUGGAAUGAUGAAAGAGUUAGAAUAAAACAAAAUGAGAAGUUCCUUACUCAUGUUUGUCCUGAGUGGCUGAAGAUGUAUUUUAGUUUUGGGAGGAGCUCUCUGAUGAGAACAGACGUCCCCUCAGUGUCUCUCCUCCAGAAGACUCCCUCCUCUCCAGUCAGCUGCCACGCUACAGGUUUCUACCCUGACAGAGCCGUGAUGUUCUGGAGGAAAGAUGGAGAGGAGAUUCAUGAAGGAGUGGAACAUGGAGAGAUCCUCCCCAACCAUGAUGGAUCCUUCCAGAUGAAUGUUGACCUGGACAUUUCAUCAGUCUCACCUGAAGACUGGAGGAGGUACGACUGUGUGUUUCAUCUCUCUGGUGUGGAGGACGACAUCAUCACCAAACUGGAUGAAACACAGAUCAGAACCAACUGGGUUGAGACGCCCAGUGACAAGACAUCCAUCACCAUCAUCAUCACCUUCAUCAUCAUCAUCAUCAUCGCUGUAGUGGUUUUUCUCUUCGUAGCUAAGAAAUACAACUGGUGUAAAAAGUUAUGUAAAAAUCAUCCAUUCAACCACAUUGAUUUUGUCCAUGUUGAUCUGAAGGGUUAGUGGUUCACUCCCUGGAAGCCAAAGUCCUUUAACAAGACACUGAACCCUAGUUGCUCUCAGUCUGACCCUCUAAGGACAAACUUCAUUUUCUCCAGCUGGAGGAAAGACGUAGAAUCAGUUACGCACAUAGAAUGUGUAGGUGGAGUAGGAGACUUCCAUGAUAGAAGUAUCCUUCUAGCCAAAAGCAGUAGAAAAGCAAUCAUUUCACACAAAGAGGCUAACAUGGCUAACAAGGGGCAACCUUCGAUUCUAACAUUUAAUUCUUCUAAAAUAGUUUGAAAAAUAGCUGACCAACACUUUAGAUUAAAACAGGACCAAGACAUAUGUGAAAGACUUCAGACCAACAUUUCUCAGCUUGACACUGAGUUCUGACUCCCAUUUGCUUUUAGCCUCUGAUGAAUGGUCACUCCCCAUUGGCAGAAUGCUGUUGUAAAUGUUAGCAGUUAGUUUUGGAGUAGUAUUUGGCAGGUCAAGCAUUCUCUCCCAGGCCAACUCAGGGGUGCAGUGUGGAAAAGAAGUACGCUGAGACUGUAAAAAAUGGCGAAUGUGAAAAUAUCGAAAGAGAUCAGAGCAAGGCAAAUUGUAUUUGGACCUCAGUUGGGAGAAACUACAGAGAACUCCUUCCUCAAAUAGGUCCCUGAAGGUAGGAAUCGCUAGCUUGUACCAAUUACUGUCUAACAGAGAGAGACUGAACAUAUGGUUAUUACUCACAGGUCCCAAUAAAGAGACGGAUUGAAAGGCAAAGUGGCGCCAAAAUUGAUGCCAGAUCUGAAGAGGAGAGUGAACCAGACUGUUAGAAGAGUAUUUAGAGGGGGACAAUGGCAAAGAGGAGUGAACUGAGGCUGAGAGUAGAGGAGGAGUGACAGGAGCGAGACUCCACUAUAUAAAAGCAAGACUAUUCACCCUAUGGGAUGAAAGCAUGUGUCACAAGCUACAACAAAUAGCUUCUGAGAUAAGGCUCCAGGCAAUAGCCAAUUGAAGAAGCAUUAAAACAGGACUUUUGGUCAUUUUAAUGACUGGUUUUAAUGACGUGCAAUACUGUGCCUUUAAGGAAUGUACAUAUAUCACAAAGUUUUUGGUGUCAUCUAUACUCAGGGAGAACACGUGUAAAUACCUUCUUGCAUCACUACAGUCUGUGAUUUUUGUGCAAUCUUAGAGAUUUUUAUUUUUAUAAGUUUAUGUUGAAAAAAGAUUAAGCUCCAAGUUAAAAGAAUAAGAUUCUCUUUUAUUAUUCUUUCUUAUAAUUAUUCUUUUGUGAUUUUUUUUCUCUUUCUUUGUUCAUAGUUUUUUACAUUUUCAGUUCAGCUUCACUGAGGUGAUCGGUUUAGUGUUAUUGUCGCCCUCUGGUGGACAGAUGCUGGAUCUGAUUGUGGCUUUGACAGCCAUUAUUUUUAAUGCUCUUUAAAUGUUGUGCAUCCUAAAACAAUAAACACGAAACAAACGGUUACAUUGGAAGAAUAUUUUAUGGCCUUUUUAUUUAUGAAUAUGUUUUUGCUUCUUUGUUUUCAUGCAAAUUAACGUUAGACUCAAAGAGAAACAUUUUCAUUGUGCAGAACUAAAAACAUGAUGAGAUUACCAUCCAGUGACGACUUGUGAAACAGAAUAUCCAGGGUGCAUAUAUCCUGCUCCGCUGUAGUCACAACACACAGUUUAUUUGUUUGGAGCUGAGACCUCUGACCUACGAUGAAACCUCCUUCAAUGGAUGAAGGUGGUCUGGUCUGAUGGAUCAUAUUCCUUUCUAUAUGAUGUGGAUGGCUGGGGGCAUGUGCAUCAUUUACCUGGAGAACUCGUGGUACCAGGAAUAGGAAGAAGUUAAUCUGGUGGAGGCAGUGUGGAGCCAUGACCUCACCUCACAACCUGCUGGACUUAAAGGAUCUGCUGCUAAUGUCUUGGUGUCAGAUAAAUACAGCAUGGUAACUACUGGAUGGGUCAAAAUGGAGCUAGUUUCCCAAUUAAAAUAUGUGGCUGCAUCUUACUGAAAGCAGAGGAAAAGUCAGCAAAUAAAAGUCUUUUAUUUCUAUUUGA